AUGUCUGAGCUUUGCGCCACCACUCACCUACCCCGCGAACCACAACCAAACGAACCAGACCCACAAACCCUAACUCUUGAUCCCCUCGCCCACUGGUGCACCAACCACAAUUGCAACCCCUUCGCCGAUCCUGCCGAUUCCCGAAGCUCUGAUUGCGACUGUUUCUCCGAAGCCGCCUCCGAUUCGGACCAUGACGUCAGCUGCUUCGUCACCGAUCUCUUCGACCGCCGCACCUCGGAGCGGCCCAAUAACGACUGCGUUACCGUUCCGGGUUCGGGUUCGGGUUCGGACCCGCUUUCGCUUGAAUCGGAAAUUGGGGGUGUUGAUGGUGGAGAUGAAAUGGGGUCAAAUUUGGGGUUAGGGUUUGGCCUAGAGUCAAAUUCUCAGGGCUCUGUCUCUGAAUUGGGCGAGUUUAAUAUUCCACCAGGGGAUGAUUCGCGCGUAAGUGGCCUUCGGAUUGUUGGGUUGGAAUCGGAAUCUGAUUCGGAUUCCGGUACCAUCGAUGAUAUAGAAAGUAAUCGGAUCACCGAUUCGGGUAUCCAAUCAAUCUGGGACAACCUUUUCUUGGUGGAGCAGAGGAACAUGUUUGAAAAUUCUGAGUCUAAUCGGAUCGAUGGCGGAGUUGAAGAGCUCUCAGUGGCCUCUGGGUUUUCUAGUGAAGAAGAAGAAGAGAUUCCGGAAGGAGCCACACGAAGCCUGGAGUGGGAAAUUCUCUUGACAGUCAACAAUUUCCGGAGGUAUGCCGAUGAUGAUGAUGUUGACUUAGAGACUGCAGAGUACAUCAACACGAUUUUCGGGCAAUUUGUGGAGAAUGCGAAUGCCAUGAAAGGUAGCCCUCCGGCGGCUUCAAGUGUUGUCGAGGAUCUUCCCUUUGUUAAGUUCACAAAGGAGAAGUUGAAGAAUGAAGAAGUGGUCUGUGCUGUUUGUAAAGACAGCAUUGCGUCGGAGGAUAAGGUCAGGAGCUUACCCUGUUGCCAUUACUACCAUCAGGACUGCAUUGUGCCCUGGUUGGGCAUUCGAAAUACAUGCCCGGUUUGCCGGUAUGAGCUGCCCACGGAUGAUCCUGAUUAUGAAAGGAGCAAGUGUGAAAGGGCUACAAGUGGUGAGCCAGGCGAUUCAGAGGUCAGGUUUGAGCAAUUUGUGUGA